GCAUUGCUACCGCCACCUGGACUGGGUCGGCUUUGCUCGCUCGUCAGCCCGCCCGCCCGCCCGCCUGGCGUUUUGAUCGCGGUCUCGUCCUGGUCUUGUCGUGCUCUGCUCAAAUCACGGCGAGCGGGGCCGCCAACACUCGCUCCUUCUAACUUCGGAUGUUGGGAACUUAACGGAGGAGAGAGGAGGACCUGGAGGGCCAGGCUCCAAGUGCGAGCAGGCUGGAAGGCCGGACGCUAUCCGGCGUUUCUGAGCCAGCAAAGAGCCGAGACGGCCGGGCCGCCGUCGGUCGGCUAGCGGGCCGGCUAGGUCGCGUCUUAUCCUGCCGAGAGCCGGCGGGAACCGUCGGCGUCUGCUACUCUCUCCCACUUUGCCACGUUUGCUCGGCGACCGUCGGGCUUGCGGUGGCCCGCGGCCGUCCCGCCGUCCUUCCCAUUGCCAUUGCCAUCCUUCGUCGCCAUGGCAGCGCUCAUCAAAGAGAUCGUCAGCCGAAAAAAGAGACGGUACCAGGAGGACGGCUUCGACCUGGACCUCACGUACAUCUACCCCAACAUCAUCGCCAUGGGUUUCCCCGCCGAGCGUCUGGAGGGCGUCUACAGGAACAACAUUGACGACGUCGUGCGGUUUCUGGACUCAAAGCACAAAAGCCACUACAAGAUCUACAACCUGUGCGCCGAGCGACAUUACGACACGUCCAAAUUCAACUGUCAAGUGGCCGAGUACCCGUUUGAGGACCACAACCCGCCGCAGCUGGAGCUCAUCAAGCCCUUCUGCGAGGACCUGGACGCCUGGCUGAGCCGCGACGAGCGCCACGUUGCCGCCAUCCACUGCAAGGCUGGCAAAGGCCGCACGGGCGUGAUGAUUUGCGCCUACCUGCUGCACCGCGGAAAGUUCCGCCAGGCUCGGGAGGCCCUGGACUUUUACGGCGAAGCCCGCACCAGGGACAAGAAGGGCGUGACCAUCCCCAGCCAACGGCGUUACGUGUGCUACUACAACACGCUGCUGAGGAGGAGACUUCACUACUCGCCCGUGGCGUUGCUCUUGCACAAGAUGCUCUUUGAAACCAUUCCCAUGUUCACCGGGGGGACCUGCAAUCCCCUCUUUGUCAUCUACCAGCUGAAGGUGAAGAUCCACACGUCCAACCCGGCGUACACGCGGCGCGAAGACAAGCUGAUGCUCUUUGAGUUCCCGCAGCCGCUGCCCGUGUGCGGCGACAUCAAGGUGGAGUUCUUCCACAAGCAGAACAAGAUGAUGAAGAAGGACAAGAUGUUCCACUUCUGGGUCAACACCUUCUUCAUUCCCGGGCCGGAGGAGGGCCCGCAGAAGCUGGAGAACGGCCAAAGCGGAACCUCGCGGGACGCCGGAUCCGACGGGACCCGGCCGAGCCGGGAAGAUGACGACGACGACGACGGUGGCGACUUCCUGAUUCUGACGCUGCUGAAGAACGACCUGGACAAGGCCAACAAGGACAAAGCCAACAGGAAUUUCUCGCCUAACUUUAAGGUCAAACUGUUCUUCACCAAGACGGCGGAGGAAGGCGGCAGCGGUGGCAGCCAGGUGAACAGCGCGUCGGUGACGCCGGACGUCAGUGACAACGAACCCGAUCACUACCGCUACUCGGACACCACCGACUCGGACCCCGAAAACGAGCCCUUUGACGACGAGCGGGACCAGAUCACCAAGGUGUGAGUGACCCGCCAGGGUAGCGGCCGCCCAAGACCCGGACGGUGGUCCCGUGAUGGUGCCGUUUACCGGAGGGAGGCCUGCCUGCCUGCCUGCCUACCUACCUACCUACCUUCCUUCCUACCUUCCUUCCUUCCUUCAGCAUUCCUUCCGCCUUUCUCUCAGUCACAAACUUGAGCGUGUUUGAUCGGACACUCUUGGACAGCAGCAGAGUCGCCGUCCCUCCGUCGGGGGCUCCCGAAGCCCACACGCGGCUCAGAGCCGGGCAAAAGAUGAUCUCAGGUUUGAGCCGAGCGGCUCGCCCCUCUUCGUUUGCAUCUCGGGUUAGUUACCCCGAGGCAGCGAGCGCCGUCCGGUGAAUAAAGCAAAUAUUUAUAACGUG